AUGGCGGCACCAACUGCCAACUCUCAGCUCACCAACAUUAAAGUCAAACUCAUCCGUUCCUACAGAGGCAUGAUACUUGAUUCGUCGGCAAAUAUUACACCAUGCACCCCCGCAGAAGUAGCACUGGGAUGCACAAGCACCUUUGAGCAAUGGAGGAUAUUGAUCGAUGGACUCCUUUACAAAGCUGAUAAGAAUGGGGACCAGCUGAAAGCUUCUCGAGACAAGGAUGAAUCAAUCCAGAGAAUCCAGGGAGCGAGGGUGUUAAUUUUAGGCCAACUGAGAUUUCCCAACCUGCAAGUGAAGAAAACCGUCUUGGAGGAUUUGCUCAAAGUUGAGGUUGGUGGGACAUUUGAAUAUCUCGAUGGCAUUGUGAAGAAAUUGCGGGACUCCCCUCAUACUAUGUGUAAAUGGACAAGUGAUCAAGGGGAUAAAUAUUCCAGGACAUGGGAUGCUAUGUAUGAAAAAGUCGAGGUCCCUAUUUAG